AAUUCAACAAUUAACCUUGAUGAACGCAGAUUGCUUCCACUUAACCGGCGCAGGUGCGCGGAGUUGGCGACACGGCGCAGCUGAGCGAGUCCACGUUGAUGCGCGCCGCGGUGACGCAUCUCGUGCCCAACACACAAACUACACGCAGAAAGGAUAUUGUUGCAGCUGAAAGGGGUGUGUGUGUGUGUGUGUUUUUUUUCUUCUUCUUCUUCUUUUCCCCUCGUCACGGGACAGGAUACACGUUGUAAAGGGAGCCCCGUCCAAUAUUCAUCCUCGCGCAGAAUCCGAACGCAGAAGCGUCGCUGAACCGAGACCCUUGUCGGCAUUUGACCGCGGCGUCAUUGGACGGCAGUCUCGGUCCCAGCAGCUUUAGAGGCAUCUUCUGAACGGCGGAGACGAGGAUAAAAAAAAAAAAACCCUGCACACUUUGCUACUCUCCAUCUGCGCCCCGAGCAGCCUGAAAUGAGGACCACGACCCGGCUGUGUUUCGCGUGAAGAGGUAAAGCGGGGUGGGUGGGUCGGUCGGAGGGGGGAGCGGCAGUUUUUUUUUUUUUCUUUCGGCUUUCAAGGACGCAAAGAAGUGGCCGCCGGCGGGGCUCCGGAAGCAUGGAGCGGGACGACACCGACACCGGGAGCGCGUCCAAAAAGACCAUCGUUUCGAAGAUCUUCAAAGUUCGCAAGAGGAGGGAGAUGCUUUUCGUGCAGGUGUGCUUCGUCUGCAGUGUCCUCUUCGUGGCGUGGAGCAUGUCCGCGCUGUUGACCAAAACAGGCCACGGGAUGAUCGUGGAGGGACAUGCGGACGUUGAACACUGGGGAAGACGGCUAAUGGCUUCGGCACCAGACAAUGUCACGGAGGAGAAGAACUGCUCGGAGCCAGCAAUACGAGAGUUCCCCAAUGACUUUUUCACCAAUGAUGAGCGUAAGAGCGGGGCCGUUCUGCUCCACAUCGCAGCGGCGCUCUACAUGUUUCUUGCCCUCGCCAUAACAUGCGAUGAAUACUUUGUCACAUCGCUGGAGAAGAUCUGUGAGAAACUUGAUCUGAGUGAAGAUGUUGCAGGAGCCACCUUCAUGGCAGCUGGCAGCUCUGCACCAGAGCUUUUUGCUUCAGUCAUUGGUGUCUUCAUCACCCACGGAGAUGUGGGGGUGGGGACCAUCGUUGGCUCGGCGGUCUUCAACAUCCUUUGCAUCAUUGGUGUCUGUGGAAUCUUUGCAGGACAGGUGGUGAUUUUGACCUGGUGGGCAGUUUUCAGGGAUUCCUUCUACUAUAUCCUCUCUGUUUUGGCUUUAAUUGCAUUCAUCUAUGAUGGGAAAAUAGAUUGGUGGGAGAGUUUGAUACUGGUGGUCAUGUAUGCCGGAUACAUCCUUGUCAUGAAAUUCAACACCAGCAUGCAGAGAUUUUUCAUGGGGUCGAAGUCGAAAAAGAACGUGGCGAACGGUAACGCUGCGGCCAGCAGCGAGAUGGAGGACGGUAAUACUAGUUAUGACUAUGUUUGGGAUGACGACCCGUCAUUGCCUUUAAUCUCGCCAGUCAAGCCCACCAAAGCUUACAGCCGUGGCUCGGUGGUGAUGGUGGAUGAGAUCAUGAACGCCAGCCCUUCAAAGUACAGGUUCCCAGAGGCCGGCCUCCGCGUCAUGGUCACCAGCCACUUUGGACCCAAGACCCGUUUGCGCAUGGCCAGUCGCCUCAUCAUUACAGAGCGCCAGAAGUUGGUCCAGGCAGCGAAUGGAGUCGAGACACAGGUGAUUGACGGGAAGGUUGAAAUUGAGAAUGGAAACGUGCCCGAGGACAAACCCAGCGACGAGCCGGAGAACGAAACUAUUUCACCGUUUCAUAUUCCAAAUGGUAUUGGCAGCAAGUUGAAGUGGCUGAUCUCGUGGCCUCUGCUCCUGCUGCUGUUCUUCACCAUCCCGAACAGUGGCAAGCCUCGCUGGGAGAGAUUCUUCAUGUUGUCCUUCCUCCUGUCCACUCUCUGGAUCGCCGUCUUCUCCUACUUCAUGGUCUGGAUGGUGACUGUAAUCGGCUACACUCUGGGAAUUCCAGAUGUCAUCAUGGGCAUCACUUUCCUGGCAGCAGGCACCAGCGUUCCAGACUGCAUAGCCAGCCUCAUCGUGGCUCGGCAAGGUUUGGGAGACAUGGCCGUGUCCAACACUAUUGGCAGUAACGUAUUUGAUAUUCUCGUGGGACUGGGGCUCCCUUGGGCGAUACAAACCAUGUGCGUCAGCUACGGAUCGGAGGUGAUGAUCAACAGUCGCGGCCUGGUUUACUCUGUGGUGCUUUUGCUGGGCUCCGUGGCCCUCACGGUGCUGGGGAUCCACCUGAACAAAUGGAGGCUGGACGUGAAGCUGGGCAUCUACGUCCUGGUGUUGUACGCCAUCUUCCUCUGCUUCUCCGUCAUGAUAGAGUACAACGUCUUCACCUUUGUCAACUUGCCCAUGUGCAUGGAGGACUAGUUUCCAGCAGCAUGUCUCCGAUACCAAAACUUCAACAGUCUCAUAGCAAUCUUUUUUUUUUUUUUCUUUCUAAAACUGGACCUAUUUGCAGACUUUUUUUCUCCUCUCUUGCAGUUCUUUUGGUCCCAAAUCUGAAUCUCAUUUCCUUAAGAGGCAGUAAGAGUGGACUUAAUGUCUCUAAUUUUUCCUCUUGUCACACAGUGCCGGUCCUUGAUUCUAAUUAUUUCAGGCCUUGCCUGUUAUUGCAGUAAACUCUUUAGUUAUUCUGUGCGCCUGUUCACUUUCUACCCAUCUAGCAUGCCUUUUUUAGAUGUUGGGGACCUCCAGAAUCAUAAGUGCCCCCUGUUGAUUGUUGGUGUUUUCAAAAUUGUAGAACCCCACUCCAUUUCCAAAGCCUGAGUCUGACUGGGGGUAAAAAGAAAAAGAAGAAAAAAUUCCAACCAAAACCCCCACAUAAUGAACUUGCCAUGAAGUCACGCUUGAAAGAAUUCGUUACCCCAGCGCCCCAAAGAAAGCAGUACAUCCCCCCCCCCCCCCGCUGGACCCAAUGGAGGAGGGCUUUGUCCUUGGCAGCUCCCCUCCUCCAGUCUGGACCCCACGCCCCUAGCAUGGCCUUUGGCAUGAGGGUGCAGACACUGCUCACUUCCCACGUGCUCCCCCUCACCUGCUUGAUCAAUUCUGUUGUGUUUUUCAUAGAAAAACAAAAAAAAGGAACCAAAAAAAAAGGAAAAAAAGACAUCCGGACACUUUGUGUGGCGUUGUUUCGCCGUCCCGAUCAGAUGACUGUGAGGGUGUUAUGCAUAUGCAGCACUGCACAAUGUAAACGUGUAAACACCUUUUUUUUUCAAACCAGGGUUUUGUCUAGUGUGAAAUACAGAGGAGAGCUUGUUGCAAAUGUAGGACAUUGCCUGUUUUUUUGUUUUCCACUGGAAGAAGGUGCACAUGGAAAUGCUUUGAGCUUUAAGGCGGGUUUGACCACUCCGAGGGGUAUUGGACUGCUGGUGGGGGGGGGGACUCCACGCCAGCAUUAUUUUCUGGUUCAGUCUACUUUUUUCCCUCUGCACAACUUCAGUCUGGAUACAUAAUUUUUCUGUCAUCAGGUGACUUGUCAUCUUUAGACAGCAGCAGCACGUAGAUGGCUGUUUUGGAGGAAAUGCAAAGACACCGGACGCUUCUCAACGCUGUCUGCUAUAACACCCCCCCCUGGCCAGUAGGGGGCAACGCAGCCCCUCCACCCAGGGCUGGGGGUGCCAACCCCAGCCGGCGGUUAUCAGGGAAACUCAUAGAUGGACAAAUCCAGCAGAUGGCGAUGGUCUCUUGAUUUUGAGUUACAUGUAGAUAUUGCACUUUAACAGCAGUCCUCUCAUUCUGAAUCAACUAGUGCUUCCUUCUGUGCGUGUGUGUAUUUUCAGUGUAUAUGUGACUGACUGAGUGAGUGAGCGAGAGAGCAAUUGUGCGCGUGUUUGUUUGUGGAGGCGUGUGCUCCGUAUGGGCCCACGCCGCAUUUUCCGACACCAGACUCUUCAACUCUUGAACCGAUUGGAACCUUGUUGACACCAUGAGCACACCCGCCUGUCUGCAGCGCAUGCAGGGACAUUAAAUGCAGCUGCUCCACCACACCGCAAAAAGGCUGAGGGCUUCUGGGCGUCUCCAUUGGGAAUAAAAACGGCCCGACCCACUUUACAAAAAUCGGCAGCUACGAGCUACACUGCAAUCCAGACAUUUUGACAUCAUGCAAAAAAAAAAAAAUGGCUGAGCACACCACCACCAAGUGAGGUGCACGGUCAAAAGAGAGGCUCAUGUGGAGUGUUUUAAGUGUGGAGAGAUAUCCCUCCGCCCUGCGGUGGCCGGCAGGCACAUGUAUAUGCAAGCUCAAUUUAAAGAAUUCUAUGUGACCGAAGGCCCCUGCAAGGCUGCCAUAUAACGACGGGGAUCCUGUGGAGAUGUGACGUCGGUUUGUCUCGUGGUACUUGAUGUGUGAGCUCACAGGUGUGUUUGUGACAGCCAGAGAACUGAGACCAAAUGGUAGACGGUGAAUGGUGGCUUUGAGGAAAGUGCUGAAUCCCCCUCGCCCCCUCCUGGCCCUAUUUCUCCACUCUGGUCCCCACUUGCACAAGGGCAUUAACUCCGCCAACCCUAGCUGAGGGAGGAAGGAAUGGACGGCUUGCCUCCACUGCCCUGGGGCCGUUGAUUUUUUUUUUUUUUUUUUUUUUUUUUUUUUUCCCCCAAAGGAGUUGGAUGAGCGCAGACAUUAAGGAGGACUUGAAGGUCAGGAGGUGACCACACAGGGCCUACAGACUCUCCCACAUACACACUGACCCUUUGUACAUCUCCAUUAUUCCCCCCCCAAAUCCGUUUCAGUGAGUCUUCUGUACUGCAAGUGAGUUGAUUCAGAAUGUGCAGAGUUGAGGUUUAAUUUAUUUUUGUAUAUAUCUUUUGUUGCUCUGUGUGGUCACGCCCCGGUUGCCAUAUUUGAGGAGGGGUAAACAGCAGGGGAAUAAACUGCGCUCGUUUUGUCAUGACAUUUGCCGGUUGUCUAACCUGCAUCUUUGUUAGCUAGUCACACUUUUUGAGGGGAGGAGGAGGAGGAGGGGAAAUAGUUGAAAAACAGAUGCCAUACUUGUCAUUACUGUGCAUAAAUCCAGAUUGUAUGAAAAUCCUGUGUACAAAAAAAGCGCACAUACUUUAAAACACACACUUUAGAAAUGGCAAUUGAACACAAGAGAGGACCGGUAUGUAUUUCUUGAUUGAAUGCGACCUGAUGCACUGUGAGCUCAAUGUGAUGUGGGAGUUGUUUGUCAAGAAUAAUACAUGAUUAAAAAUAUAUUUAAUGUAAAGUUAGUUACUAUAAAGCAUUACCGAGGACAUCUGUAACUUAUAUGAAUGUAUUGUCUUGCUAUACUGGACAUAUCCAACCAAUGCAUUUUAUUGUAAAGCAAUAAUGUGAAGAAAAAAUAAAAUGUCAAAUGUAUGUA